CACGCAGCGACGCGGAAGUGCCGUCGCGUGCGCGUCCUUCACUUCGCUCCAGUGCUGCGCUGCUGUGACCAAACAGGUUACUAAAGUCUUCAUUUUGUAGAGUAGCAACAGCGCCAAGCUGAUUCUUCUGGGUUUUAUGGAGUGAAAGGAGCGAACAGCAUCGGCGGGCGGAGAGAAGAAGUCCUUCCGGGGUUUAAACCUUUUCAUUCAGUGGGGUGAGGGUCGAGUUACUAUCAGCUCACCUACUCCUGAAAGCUAUUUUUACUUUUCUCACAUCAGCAGCUACUGCAGCCUCCUGCCUUGUCACGUGUGAACUCCCUCCUCAGAGUCAGGAAGUGAUGACAGCUCCAACGUCAUCAGAGAGGAAGGCCUGCUGGGACGCCAGGGACCUGCUGUGGAAGUGUCUGGACUACAACCACGACAAAGCCGAAGCCUGCCAGAACUUCCAGAGGGAAUUUGAGGCAAAAUGCCCCGCUCAGUGGGUGAAAUAUUUCGCAAAGAGGAGAGACUACCUGAAAUACAAGGAGAAAAUGGAGAAGGAUGGCUUCACGCCUGCUGAAGGCCCCCGGCAGCCCUCCUAACAACCGGACAGCAGUCGGACGGUGGAAAUCUUCAGACAGACUGGCAUUUUAGCCCCAUUCACACUGGGCCCAGAGGUGCAGGAGUGGAGAAGCAGCAUAUCUAACGUGGCUGUGGAGAGAAUACCUGUACAUCACCUUGAUCGUCAUUAUUUAUUUGUACAGAAAAAAUAAGCUGCACCAGGACAGCAUACAUAUAAACAACCCCAAAUGGCAGAUGGUGAACGACCUGUGACGUCGGCUCAUUAUAAUUGGUCUGUGUGACGUUUUGUAAUCAAGGAAACAAGAAUGACAAAAGAGGGGGAAAGAUUCAUGCUAAAUGUGUAUCCAGUUCUCUUAGGCAGGUCAUUUGAAAUGUACGUGUUAUUUUGUGAUUGUGGACUAAAUUAAAUCAAGUUAUGCUUAUGAAUAAUAUUUUUGUGCAUUCAAACCAGUCAAAUACAUGCAGUGCUUUAAUAAUUGCCCAUCCCUUUUUAAAGUCCAGGACAGUGCCACUUUGGGGCAAAAUCUCUAAAUUGUGCCUGAUGUGCGGUUUGCGAAUAAAUAAAAGAAACUUAGUGGUUUUA